CAAGUUGUGUUAGGAAUUAGAGCGGAGUGUGUUGUUCAUAGUGUGUCAGCAGUGAAGUAGCUGAAAAAAUAAGUAAAAACUACAAAGUGUUAGAAAAAUAAACAGUAAGCACAGUGAACGGAAAAUUCGCGAGUUCUGCCAAUUAUAGCAGAGCUAAUGAAAACUUUUUGUAUAAUUGACGAAUACGUAUAACUAAUUUUUGGUGAAAGGUAUUAAGUUGCUUAACUCGAAUUUCGAAUAAUAUUAUAUACUGCCUGAAACGCAAAGAACAAACGAAAUAAGUUUGUCGUGUUGCGGUUCUGUAUUGACAUUUUUGCACUUUGCAAUUAAAUAGAACUAAAUUAGAAUAUGGUUAAAUCAUUUUCAUCAUUCCCUUUUUAGUAGCCGCGAAACCACAAUCGACAACCAUUAUAGUGAUUCCAAGCGCGAGCAACGAAAGUGAAUAAGAGGAAGUGUCAAAAGAUGCAAAUUAGUUUUUUUGUUUGCCGAAUUUACAAUCGACUCGUCAAUUCUUAUUGGAGUGCUGCUUUGAAGUAGCAGACGUUCGUGAAUUAAAUUUAUAAAAUUAAUGCGAAGAUAAAAGGCUUAAAUAAUUGAAACUAAACUCAGGAAUCCACUUGGAUAUAAAUAAAACUAUUAACGGAAUACUUAUGAACUAAUAGAAAUGUAUACAAAGAUAUGUAUAUAACCAAUUUAAAAAAUCCUUUCGACGUUUAAUAAUAAAAAUGCGAUAUUAUAUUAUCGCAUAUAGUUAAAACUAAAGAAAGAAUUUCUAAUAUAAAUAUAAUGUUUUGAUAUAAAUAUAAAACCGAGUAAAAGGAAUAAUAAAAUAUAAAUAUUGAUAAAAAAAAAAGUUUUAUUAGCAAAAGUGUGCAUUGAACGGGAAAUGCAUUUUCCCCUUGUGGAAGAGUCGAAAUUUUCGGUAUAAAUAAAAAUAUAACAAAAAUACAAAAAGCCAUCAUAUUUGCACAUUUCAAAUAUGAAUGCUGAUUUUUUAAAUAGUAUUUGAAAUAAACGCUCACAAUAAAAUUUUAAGAAAAUAAUACCUAACCAUUCAGCAUUUAUACAAUCAAGGAUUAAAAUAAAAAAAUAAUAAUUUAAUUGAAAAGCAAAAACAAAUUAUUCGCUUAAAAAAUUUAGUUCACAAUAAAAAUAAAAAAUAAGAACAAAAUAGAGGUGACAAAAAUUAUUUUUGAUAAGAAGGAAAACAUGCCUCCGUUUAUCAAAAUUCCAAAUUGUUUUCCAACUGUGAAAUUAAACAAAUACUAAUAAAAGUAAAUUUUUACAAAAUAAACUACAAACGUUGAGCAUCGGUAUACUAUCUAAAUACUAAAUGCUACUUAUGGCGCCACGUCGUGACAGCAAUAGCGCCAACAGCAGCACCAAUCUUUUAGUUCAACAUCAAUUGCCACAAUCUCAACAGCAGCAACAACCGCAACAAAGUCAGCAACAUAUUCAAGCAUUUUUGUACUCCACAUCCUUAUACAACGGGACCAAUUUACUUGAGCCCAAUAACGGUUCUACCUUGAUCACUAACAACAGCAACACCGAUAAUCAUAACACAAACAACAAUUUAAACAGUAGCAACGGCAAUAACAUCAACAUGUCACCCAUGCAGACGGGUAAUUUGACACAUGCAACGCUGAAUGGUACUACUGGUGCUGUUGGUCCGACCUCUGGCACUCAGAAUGGCCACCACCCACACCAUGUCAAUAUAAGCAAUAAUAAUAAUAUCAGUAAUAAUGUGAAUGGCAAUGUAAACGGUAAUAUUCAUGAUCAAUAUACUCGCUGUUGCUAUCCAAAUGGCGAUUGUUUAAAAGUGGACGGUUCCUGUCUUAUUGCUUUGGACGAUCUAAGUGACACUGUACGUGUGCUCUGCAAUAAUGAGAACUGUAACAUGGGACAGUAUAUGCAUCGUGAAUGCUUUGAUUCGUGGGAGCAAUCUGUGUUGGUGACCCUCAAGACUAUGGGACGAGCACGUUCGUGGUCAGAUCGUCAACGCACACAAAACUUGUGGACAAAGAAAGGUUAUGAUUUGGUGUAUAAGGCAUGUGUGUGCAAAUGUGGACAUGGCCAUAUACGCAAAGACCUCGAGUGGACAUCGCCGGUUCAAAAAUCAAGUGCAACACUAAAUGGCGGACAGUUUGGUAAUGUAAAUGGUAAUAAUACGGCUAUUAAUAGUGGAGUCGGUCAACAACGUGUGCUGUUGGUCAAUGGCGGUAAUGUCAACAAUAUUCCUAACAACAACGCCGAGGAUGAAGAUAAAAAGAAGAAGAAAAAACGCAAUCGUAACAACGGAUCAAAAACAGCAUUGGCAACGGUCAACUCGAAUGGGCUCGUUUCAAAUGGUCAACAACAGCAAGUGCAAUUGUCGCCAGCAACGGCACAAGCCCAACAUACUUUGCAACAACAACAACAAGCAACACAAGUUGCUAAUCAGCAGCCGCAGCAACCGCAAGCGGCAAUUUCUAUGCUUAACGGACAACAGAAUGGAAAUGGAAAUAUUAGUAAUGGAAUCAGCGCCAUAUGCACCACCAAUAAUAUCACCAAAACCAAUAAUAACCCAACUACCGCUAAUAAUGCCAUGAAUACAAUAAUUUGCAACAAUAACAAUAAUAAUCAAAUCAAUGCUUUGAACAACUCGAGUGUUGGCGUUAUUGGCUCAGGUUUGCAUAACAACAACAGUGGCAACCUACAGCAACAACAACAAACGCAGCAGCAACAACAAGCUGCCACCUCUUUGAAUAAUAUUCUGGGACUAGAUUUGCGUGCUCGCGCUGACAGUUUGUCAUCGAGUGGUGGUGGCAGUGGCUCGACAUCGCCCUCAGCAUCCCACUCAAGCGCCGAUAUUUCCAUUUCGCCCAUACACCUUCAUCAACAACAUCAGCAGCAGGCGCAGCAGCAGCAGCAAUUGCAACAACAUCAACAAAAUAAUUUGCAAUUGCAACAAUAUCAGCAAAGUUUGUUGCAACAAAAUAACCUCACAAAAAGUAUUUUGAAUGGUGCAUUAAACGGUUGCGUCGACACAAUGCAACGCAGCACUACUGCACUGUUGGCUGCCACACAGCCGCAGCAGCCUGCGGCCACACCAAUUAUAGGUGGCAUUGGCGCCGUAAAUGGAUUAAAUGGUUUAAAACAAUUGAGUGUUUUCGAUCCGCAUUUGGUGCAACAGCAAAAGAACAAGGAGGUCGAACUUUAUUCGGAGCGUGUGCGUUUGACAUCUGGCUGCAAUGGCAUCUUUUCACGACGCUUGGACUUUUCAUCAUUCAAUUUGUUGCCGAAGACACGCUUGAACUCCUAUCAAGUUAAGAUCGAAGAUGAAGGCAACCAUGGCAAUGACGAAACUCGUCUGUUUAUUUUGUCCUCUUUGGCUCAGUCGCAAAUGAGUCGAGUUGCUUGCAUUUUAUGCGAGGAACCAAUGCUGGUGUUCGAUCGCUAUCCACUCGUUGAUGGUUCGUUCUUUUUAAGUCCGAAGCAACAUUCAAACGGUUGCAUUGAGGUCAAGUAUGAAGGCAGACCAUUGUUUCUGACUUGCGUUUGUAUGGCUUGCUUGGACGGAACCUCGACCAAUCGUGUCAUUAACUGCAGAUUCUGCGGUGAAAUUUGGGAUGGCUCGAAUCUAGUCCUGGGCACCAUGUAUUCAUAUGACAUUUUUGCCGCUAUGCCAUGCUGUGCUGAGCGUCUAAAGUGCAAUAAUUGCUUCAAAUUGCUCUUGCACCCGCAACAGCGGCUCAACUUCUAUAGCGACUAUUCGCAUUGCGUCACUUGUCCUUAUUGCGCCACACAGGACACACACUUCGUCAAGCCGUUGAGCUUCUGCUACACCAAGAGCAAUGUGUUGCGCCACCAGUCCAUCGCAUAACAUGAGGCCCCGUUGGAGACCACGGAAAUGCUGGCGGCAGCAACAACAGCCACACAAACAACAGCAGCAGCAAAUAUUGCCAGCAUUGCCGCUCCAACGGCGAACAUUAGGAACACCAUCAGCAACAACAACAACAAUGGCAACAAUGGUAACAACAACAUACAAACGAAAAAAAUUGUACUCUACAAUCCAUCAGUGGAUUACUCAGCACCGCUGCAACAACAAAUCAAUCCUGACAUCAUCGGCGCACAUCCGCACGCACAACACUAUCAGCAACAGUGCAGCGGCGGCAGUAGCGGUGGCAGUGUACCGAGCAACACCAUACACAAUACAAAUCAGGUAAGACAGCCACUACAACAAUCGCAACAACAACCACAACAACAAACCCAGCAACAGCCACGCUUGUCCGCAUUUGCGCCCGUGGCUGGCGCCCGUCUGUCCCUGGCUGGCCUGGCAGCUGCUGCAGCACCAACCGCAAGCGCCCAAGCAAGCACAGGCAUUACGUCAACACAGCAGCAGCAGCAGCAGCAGCAGCAACAACAACAGCUCCAGCUACAGCAACAAAUGCUGGCAACACUAGCACUACCGUUAAGUAAUUUGAAUUUGAAUAGUUUCACUAAUGAAAUGAGUCCGAUUAAAUCUGGUCUUGAACAACAAGAACAUAAUAAUAUUAAUAACAAUCAGGUGGUAGGGCUGUUAGGACGCAAUGUAGGCGCCAAUGGUUUACUAGCAAACAAUAGUGUCGGUAGCAGUAUUAGUAAUUUAUUAAUUAGCAAUAAUUUAACAACGACCGCAACAACAGCAGCAGCAGCAACAACAACUGCAGUCGGCGUUGGAGACGGUGCAGUGGCUUUAUUGCCAGCCAAUAGCAAAUUGAAUGCUUUGUGGGGUCAACCGCAAGCCGCAUAUAAUCACUCGGUUGGUAACGCUGGCGCUGGCAAUCUCUUCAACAAUCCCACCAACACCGCCGAUGCCAUCUCAACGCUGUGGGGUUGCUCCGCCUCGUCCGCCUCGAGUGGCGCCUCAUCCACCAGCGGCUGCUCAAGCGGCUCCGGCUCGCAGCCAUCGCUAAGUCCCACCUCCACCACAUCCACGCGCCCAGAUUAUCGCUGUGGCGUCGGCAAUGGCAAGGAGCCACUGUGGCCGUCGACACAACAAACUUCACCCAACAGCAGCAACACACUCAGGGAUACUUAUUACACCGCCACAAAGACGGCUGGUGUUGCCAUAACCGCAGCAAAUGUGUUGGUUGAUGGUGGCGCUAAUAACACCACCGAUAGCGUACAACAAUCAACAUCACCCACAUGCUCCUCCACCUCAUCAUCGGCCUCAUCGACUUGUUCAUCGGGCGUGGGCUCCAAUGCCGGUCUCGAUAUCGGCACUUGGCCCAAUUGCAAGUUGCAGAACUAUUUUGCCGUCGACAAUUGCAACACCAACACCGCUGACGAUGUCGCACACUUUGCCAAAAUCAACAAUAUAUGGGAUAUACCAAGUGCAGCGGCCAACGCAAACAAACGUACCGGCGAUCUGUUCACCGAUCUCUGGUGCAACAAUUCUGACAAUAGCGCUGCAACAGCUGGCAUGCGCGCCAACAACAACACAAAUGCAGAAUUUGAACUGGGCACCGAUUCCAUUGAUUUUGGCGAUGCCUCAAGCAUUUGGCGCACCAACAUAACAGCCACCACGUCAGUAGGUGGCAGCACUAGCGCUGGUGGACGCGCGCAAUCCAAGCCGCUGGCAGCAGCAACCAUUACAGGCAACAAUAGCAAAGCAGUGCGUGCAAAUCUGGGAACUGGUCCGGACAACGGUGCUGGUGUGGAGGCCGACGGCAACGGCGCGGCUUGCAUGCAAUUGUUCUCCGAACAGUUUCUCAACUACAUGAACAUAAUGAAUUACACGGACUAAGCUCGUCACGUUGGUGUAUGACAUAAAUUUAGCGCAAUUAUUUAACAGUAAAUAAUUAAAAAUGAAUAUAGAAAUAUGUGACAAGUGCAGUGCAUGCGCAUCCGCAAUGUAAAGUGCAUAACUAAGCGAACUAACCAAACAAAUUUGUAACAAAAAAGUAUAACAUAACGGAAUAUGCGAAGACAAGCGUAAACUAAUGUUUGUUGUAGCACAAACGAAAACAUUUUUUAUAAUUAAAAUAUUUUUGCAAUGCAAUUGUGAUCGUUUCGCGCGAAGAGAAUUUUGAUAUAAACUGCAGUUAUGAUUGACAACUGCAAACUACAUAUGUUUGAUAACAGCAUAUAUAUAACAUAGCACUGUUAUUUAGUAAAAUAAAUAAGAAUACUAACAUUUUUUGUAAUAUGAAGUAGUAGCUGUUUACCGUUAAACGAAGGCGAAAAAGUAGUACAUUUAGUUUAGCUUAUUUUUUUAGUUGUACAAAGGGUCUACAGCGAAACAUUUUGCAUUUGCCACAGUAGCUGGGUGUUAAGGAAAUAUUAGUGGAUCGAAAAAGUUGGAAAUAAAUGAUAUGUUGGUUGAUUCCAUUAGUAAAAAAAUUUGUUGCAAAAAAUAAAUACGGUUCAUAAAAAAUUAAAAAAAAAUUCGGUUUUUCCCAUUACAACAUAAUUACUUUUUUAUUACAACAUAUUUUUUUAACAAAAUUUGCCUUACAGCUUGAAGAUUUUUCCAUUACAACAUAACUACUAACUACUUUAGUAAUCAAUUAAUAAAUUUUUAACACCAACGAAUUGUUUGAGCGCACAAUUACUUAAUUUCAAAGAAAUUCCAAAGUUUGCUGCAACUGAAAUAAUCUUGCCUCCGUAAUUUAUUAAUAAUUUACAACAAAAUUUGCCAGCAAUAAUGUUUUUCAUUUUAAAAUAAUUAAUUUUUCAUUACAAUUUAAUUACUAUUCCAUUACAACAUAAUUACUUUUGCAUUGCAACAAAAUUUUCAUUAUAGCUUCAAAAUUUUUCCAUUACGGUAUAACUACUUUUCCAUUGCCACAUAAUUACUCUUCCAUUA